GACUACAUAAUUUUUCCAUCUUCUGGGGGAUGAGAGGGAGUGUGUGAGAGGGACAAAUAGAAAGAGAGAGGGAGGGAGAUGGAUAAAUUGCAAGCGUCCACGUUGAUUCAGCCUCAUUCGACAGGUCUAACCAUGGAGUUCAAAGGAGUGUGUUUGCUCCUAGGAGUGCUGCUGCUCGUAAGCUCCUCGCUUCAGCAGAUUCCAACAAAGAAGAAGCCCAUGAAAAAAGAUACAACAAAGGAUGCUGCUAUUGUGCAAUUACAGAAACAGAUCGAUGACAUCGUCCAGGAGCUCAACCUACUGAAGGAGCAGCAGGCUCUGCAAAGAGUCUGUUUAAAAGGCAAAAAGAUCAAUGGCAAGUGUUUCUUGAGUGACCCUGUGAGGAAACGUUAUCACACCGCCAGCGAAGACUGCAACGCCCUGGGCGGUGUCCUUGGCACACCUACAUCCAAGGAUGAGAACGAUGAGCUCAGAGACUACGUCCGCCAAAGCAUCGGCCCAGAUGAGCAGGCGUGGCUGGGCAUCAACGAUAUGGUAACUGAGGGCACCUGGAUCGACCAGACCAGCAGCAGCAUCACCUACAAAAACUGGGACACGUCCAACUUUAGGUCCCCCCAGCCAGACGGGAGCAUGUCCCAGAACUGCGCUGUGCUCUCUGCAGCCUCCCAGGGGAAGUGGUUUGACGAGAACUGCCGCGACGAGAAGCCAUCCGUGUGCCAGUUCAACAUCGUUUGACCACAUUUAUCUCACCAGUGACUCUGCGUUUGCUUGGUUAUAGCUGCUUUGUGUGUGUGUGUUUACUCUCACUGCAAUGCUGCUUUUUUUUGCUAUCCUAAAAGGGGUUCAAGCCAGUGGUUCCCAACUGGCUUUGCAUCAGAACCAAAGUCUGAUGUAGAAGUCACAAUCAGUUGCAUAAGAUGAUGUUAUUUUAGACAAAUGUGAUGCUGCUGGUAUGUAAUUUUGCAGCGUUCCUGGUGUUUGGAAUAAAAACAAGAAGAAGACCACAGUCCAGUUUGGAGUAAGCGAGAGAUUGUGUGGCUGUACAAAGAAAUGGCAAAGAAAACUGCAUAUCAUUUUAGAAAAACAUAAGUUGAAAUAACAAUGUUCAUGUGAUUAAAAAUAGUGUUUGGGUGCUGGCACCAUCCACAAAUUAAAAACUGCGUGUAACUCUGUUGUCCUCACACCGAUCAACAGCAGUUCUGUGACUCACUGGCUGAGAACCACUGUUUUAAACUUCUUUUUAAAUAGGACUUUAAAAAAGCCAUAAUUAUGACUGAUAUAACUUUUUUAUUUUUAUAAUAACUCAGUCUUCACUCGUUCCAGUUUGCUAGUCUUGUAGCCUGCGACCUGUAAAAUUACCAUCAAUAAACUACAAUGUCUAUC